UGAUGCAACAGCAAACAAAGAGGGCAGAGGAAAGAGACAUUACAUGGAGAAACGGCAGCUAGCUAGAGAAAAGUUUCAAACGCCGAAAAUAGGCACAAUUCAAAAAGUCCACAGCGUAAGGUGUCACUUUAUCGCAAAACGCGGUCAUAAACUGCCCAUUAUUAAUCGUCUCUGUGAAAAUUGAGUUCGUUUUUGCGCUGUUUUUGUAAGUGCAGGUAUCAGCUAGCCGUGAAGUAAUAAUGUCUCUUAAUGUGAUUUCAUAACUCUCCGGACACUGAUAUGACCACUCCUGUUAGUUGACAGUGUAUUCAAGGAACAUCGGGUAUGGCAGUUGUGGGCCUUAUGUGAUCAGCUAUGUGUAAGUGUUCACAAUCAUCUCCCUCAUCCCAAGAACAUCACGUGUAAUCCCCCUCCAAAUCAUUAAGGGGGAUCUUUCAGAAUGAAGAAGAUCAGUCUGAAAACAAUAAGAAAGUCAUUGAACAUUAAAGGCAAAGAAGAGAAUGAAUAUGCCGUAUCGCAGCCGGACCUGGCAGCCAGUUUCUCUGCUGAAGACUCUCUGUUUGGAGGAUGCUACAGCAAAGAUUUCGCCAGCAGCGACCUGGAUAACGAGGAUGAAAAAAGAUCCAAAGUCCGAUCUAAGAGCGAGGGUCUCAUGGGCACCUUGAAACGAAGGCUAUCGGCGAAACAGAAACCAAAGGUCAAGAGUGGUUCUCCAUCUGUAUGCUCUAUAGAUGACGAUACCUUCUCCUCCUCUUCGGCACCCAUUACUCUAAGUGACAUAAAAUCCCAGCGUUCCUCCCGCUCCACAUCCGUCCAUAGUCAUCAUUACAGUCCCACCCCGUGGCCUCUCAGACCAGUGAACUCAGAGGAGAUGUGUGUCAAAAUGGACGUUAAGGCAUUAAUGAACUCCUCAGAUCCAAGUCCGGCUUUCAACGGUGUGCGGCAAGACAUCCUAAACCUCCAGAGAGAGUUUGAAGAAUCUGGCAAUUCGUUGAAAAUCACCAGACGUGUGCCAGACCACCAUUCUGGUGCUCAGAAUGCUGAUUUGCACCUUGAAAUAGAUGAACAUGUGCCUGUAGUCAUUGGUAUUGCAGCUCAGGAUUAUAUUCAGUACACAAUGCCUUUAGAUGAUGUACUCUAUCCUGACGACGAAGGUUCGCACUCUUUUUGCUUAGAUGGUCCCACACCCAUGGACGUUGUUCCGCAGUCAGAAGGAUCUCUGCAUGUAGAUGAGGAGCCUAUUGUCCAGGACCUCCUGUCACCAGACAUCUUCAUGGAGUCGUCAUCUGUGAACCAGCUCUUUUUAAACACUGCAAAUAUCUUACUGCAGGGCUCCAGACUCGAAGCUCCUCUUUCCCCCAUGCUACCUCCAUUGCCCGAUAGUUAUCUCCAGAGAAGCUUCUCUCGGUUUGGUGGUACUCACGCUCAGGUUGCAGAGAGAGUCAUGCAACAUCUCAACUUUGACCCCAACUCGGCUCCAGGGGUGCAGCGGGUCUAUGAUGCUGUGCAGAACAGCGGACCCAUGGUGGUUACUAGUCUCACAGCUGAACUGAAGAAGCUAGCCAAGCAGGGUUGGUAUUGGGGUCCCAUCACCAGAUGGGAGGCAGAAGAAAAGCUGACAAAUCUUCCAGACGGUUCUUUUUUAGUCCGCGACAGCUCCGACGAUCGAUAUCUCCUAAGCUUGAGCUUUCGCUCACAGGGUAAGACGCUCCACACGCGGAUUGAGCACUCGAACGGCAGUUUCAGCUUCUAUGAGCAGCCUGACAUUGAAGGCCACGUAUCAAUUGUGGAUCUCAUUGAUAAUUCGGUCAAGGAUUCGGAGAACGGAGCGUUCUGCUACUCCAGAUCCCGCUUACCGGGUUCCGCCACCUACCCUGUUAGACUGACCAAUCCCGUUUCAAGGUUUAUGCAAGUGCGUUCAAUGCAGUACUUGUGCCGUUUUGUUAUUCGCCAGUACACGCGGAUAGAUCUGAUCCAGAAAUUGCCUUUACCGAACAAAAUGAAAGAUUACCUGCAGGAAAAGCACUACUGAAUGCAGUAAAUCCUGACUUGGUUGCUACUUGCACUUUUUGGAUAACACACACCGAAGCAGGUUUCGCAAACAUUUCAAGAGUUUUGUUACCAUUCAAUUACACUUUUUGUUGAAAGAAAAGAUGUUUGUCGGUCUGGUAGAGUAGAUAAUUCAGUGGUUUGUGAAGAAACGCAGUGCCAGAAUGUUGUUAGAGUG